ACUAAUUGAUGAUAAUAAUGAUGAUUAAUACAUAUCUAAUUUGUCUAUUGAUAUCAAUUGGUCUAAUCAAACAAAAAUGUUUCGGUUGUCCAGUGCCUCAAAGGUCAGGCCAUACAUUAAGUAAAGAUCAAGAGAUAAUGGUUGACGAAGAAAAAGUACCAAAUGAUGGAUCAGACUACUUUCAAAUGGAAGCGAUUCCCGAAAUCAAAGUAAAAGACAAGUCCGUCGACGGCGGCGACACCGAUGACGAAGAAUCAAAGAUAAAACCUAAAAAUAAUGGCCAACAAAAACAAACUACCGGUGCUAUGAUGGAUAUGUUUGACGAUGGAAACGAUUCAGAUAGUAGUGAUCAACAACUCAAAGAAUCAGAUACUAGUAAAACAACGACAACACCGACAUCGACACCGACAACAACACCACCGACGAUGACAACCACAACGACAACGACUGAAAUAGUUGGCGAAAAAACUGAUGAUAAAAGUGAUGAUAAAAUGCUUCAAAUGACUGAUCCGACCGUUCACUAUAGAGAAGCACUUUUGGUACCGAAACGUGAGCGCCGUAUAAUAGCCCGCUAUAAAGUAAUUAUACCGGUUAUUGUGCCCAAUGUUAGGGUUAUGGUACCCAUGAAUAAUGGCAAAUAUACAUAAUAUAUAUAUA